AAGGUAGGCCACACUCCUGGAGGCAGAAACAUUUCACAAGAAAACUGACUAGAGAGUUGGAGUAAACAUAGAGACAUGGACAGUGGUCAGUGUCUGCUCUCAAUACUCCAGAUAAUUCUAUCAAGUUCCCUCUAAUGAAAAUAAUAAGUGGACCCUGCCUAAUAGUCAGGAGGGACUCUCCCUGACAGGCGCCAGCUGCUCCCCACCCCCCAACACAAGAGGCUGUUUGGAGCAGAGAGAUGUCCAGAACUAUGGUCCAGAUUUGAUGUCACCUAGGAUACACUUUGGAGGUGCUUAUAUCCUGGGUCUGUACAGUUGAUGCUGUCUGACCCCUGAGAGAACUCUGUGCACUUCAGAAGCACCAAGCAGGGCAAAGGGUCUGCCAGAUGUGCAGUUCGAGUUUGGGAAUCAACAGAUCCAGUUCCAGAACCACACCUGCCAAGAGCCACAUGCCCAGGUAUUCUCCAUUAUAGUCCAUUGAAAACACAACCUCAGGCAUCUUUCGAAGAUUGGGGCAGGAAAGCACAGGCUGCACAAGCUGUAAACUCUUUGUAGACCUAGGCAAAGGGUGUGGGCAAGCACACCGUUUAAGGGAGACCUGCCGUAGCUGUGGGUAUGACGGCCAGACUCCUCAGCCUCAGCUAACUUAUCCUUGGUGCCCUAGUUGAAUCAUGAUGGAUGCCAAGUAUGUCCUAUGUGUUUGGAAAGGCCGCUUUUGGCCCGCCAAGGUCUUGUCUAGACCCAGAGCCUCAGCACAACAGAAGAGAAAAAGGGCCCUUUCUCUGGAAGUUCAAAUACUCUCAGUAGAUGAAAAAAUCAGAGUGAAAAGAACAAAGAUAAAGACCCUAAAACUGUCCAUGAUUGAAUCCAUUGCCACCUCACUAGCAGCCCACCCAGAGCCCAGUGCCCCAGAAGAAGAGGAAAUGACCUACAUAUCUGCUAUUACAAUGGCCUGGGACCUUCUGAAUAAGAGUGGAAAUUGCACUCCAGCAAGAGUCGUGGGUGAUCCAGAGUCCAAGAUGCAGUCUCCAAGGAGACUGCAAAAGCAACAUCGUAGAAGUCAUCAGGAGCCCAGUACGGGCCUACGGAGGAGUGUGAGGAAAAGGAAAAGCUCCAAAUCACCCAUGGUACCUUCAGAGAGGGAGGAUGCCCCAUAUGGCGACAAGUCACAGGUGUGCACACUCGUUGCCCUGAUCCCAAGCAACAUGCAAACAGAGUCAUCUCAGAGCCCCAGGGUGCAUCCAAACUUCCCAUCACUUUCAGAAGAUGCCCAUGAGAAAGAGGGCAAGGAAAAGGGGGACGCCUCAAAAGUUAUGUCCUUGCCCUGUACAGUGAAGGAGGUGGGUGUAGAUGUUAGAGGUGGAUGCGUGCUUCCAUCACUUACACCGGGUUUCAUCCCCACUGUGCCCAAGGCUCUGGAAGAGGGGGUGCACAACACCUGCCAAAAGUCCCUGGCUGUGUACCCUGAACAUGCUACCUCCUCGGGGAAUGUUGACCCUGGAGAGGGCACCUGCAACUCUGGCUUGGAAGGCUCAGCAGCAUCCUCCAGUGCCCCUAACCUGAGCCUGCAUUAUUCACUCCACCUAGCAAACAGAAAAAGGAAGCUGCAGGCCCCAGGGUGUGAGGAAGAGUGGCAAGAAUCUCAACCCUCAGCUGGCUCAAAGGCUAUUAAGCCCACCAGUGCCAUUAAGAAGGGCGGGGGCAAGGAAGCGGGACAGCUGACAAGCAUGGUGUUCCCAGGGGAGACAUGUCCCAUUGAGAGAGGAAUGCUGGUCUGGUUUAAGUUUCAGAAUCACCCAUUUUGGCCAGCCGUGGUCAAGAGUGUCAGCCCAACCCAGCAGACUGCAAGGGUGCUUUUGAUUGAGGCCAACAUGAACUGUGAGAAGAGUGGCAUUCAAGUUCCUCUUCGAAGGUUGAAGCAUCUGGAUUAUAAUGGCAAAGAAAAGCUAAUGAAGAGAGCCAGAAAACUAUACCAGGAAAGUGUCAACUGGUGCUUCUCACUGAUUUCCAGCUACAGAGAAGGGCUUGUUAGUGGGUCUUUUGUGGGCUCUUUCCUGGACUAUUAUGCUGCUGACAUCAGUUACCCCAUGAGGAAAGCCAUCCAAGAAGGGGAUCUGCAGAUGGAUUUCCCCAAGGUGAAUUAUUCUGACCUGGAAGAUUCUGAGGAGGAGACCUCUGUGGCUGCAAAGAGGCACUGCAAGAGAAUCCUCCCUGACCGGAUGAGGGCUGCUCGGGACCGAGCCAACCAGAAGCUGGUGGACUUCAUCGUGAAAAGAAAGGGGGCCGACUCGCAUCUUCUGGACAUCGUCAAAGGCAGGAAAGAAUCCAAGUGGCUGGAAUCAUUUAUGAAGUCAGAGAGGUAUGUGAUCUGCGUUGAAACAUACCUGGAGGACGACGAUCAGCUGGAUGUGGUGGUAAGCCAUUUACGAGAAAUCUACAAACACGUAGACAAGAAAGCACUGGCUCUGACGAGAGAUGACCCAGUGAGCUUCCUUCUGGAAGUUCUUCUGCCAGAAGCAAUCAUUUGUUCAGUUGCUACAGUGGAUGGAUUGGACUACAAGGAGGCAGAAGCAAAGUACCUGCAAGGGCCACCUGUGUAUUACCGGGAAAAAGAACUGUUUGAUCAGAAAAUCUUGAAGAAAUUAAGAAAGACAUCAACUGAGAGGUACAAGGCUAAACUCUCCCCCUGUGCCCAACAGGGCAUCAGGCAGACUUGUCAGCCACACCAUUAGCAACAAUCCCCGUCUGUAUGAACUGCAUGAUCCUCCCACUCCACAUGGCAUGUAAACACCUUCUGGAAAUCCAAGGCCUCAGGAACACACUUGAAUUCACUCUGGAUCCAUCUCCAGCACCUGCGAGUGGCAUGGUCAUCAUCAGUUUCUUCUUCCCCAAACCCUCACGCCACUAACUUGUUAAAAUAUUGUAAACGUCUGUACUUCCCUCUACUUGCCCAGUUGUCUAGUUUUCCAGAUAUUUUCUCAACAUGGCUUUUGACUCUACAUCAUAUUUUAAAGGUAGACAUGCAUUCUUUUAUUACAUGAAAAACCCUUAUGUCGG